AAUUAACCAAGCCUCAAAAUUACCGCAUCGAUCAAUGAACGAGGCCAGUGAUGCUCGUUGGCCCGAAUCUCGUAUCCGAAGGCUCAAGCUGCAACACCAGUUUCGGAAUCUCUCGGCUUUCUCCGUCUUCAUCAGUAUUCCUCGCGUGUCCGUUGUGUUGAAAGGAUUCCGAGGGUCGGAGCCGCAAAGGAGGCGAGCACUAGAAACCCGCAUCAGUGCGCGAUUCUUCCCCCGCAUCGCCCGCUCCCUAGUUCUUCUCAUUCGUGUUUAAGGGCUCAAAGGUCUGUUCACCCUCGCAAGCCACUCGGUUUUCCCGUCUCUGUAUGAUGAGAAGUCGGGUCCAUGGGACGAGAGCUAUUUUAUAACCAGUGAAACGCUGGAUGGUGGAUGUCGUAGCGCCUUUUGGAAAUGCCAAAGACGAUGAAUUUAACGGGCUUGAUACUGCCCGUGCUGUGGGGGAUGUCGUUUGGUGGAUCUCCAAGCGUUCAAAUAGGGGGUCUGUUCCCUCGAGGCGCAGAUCAGGAAUACAGCGCUUUCCGGAUCGGGAUGGUUCGGUUCGGCACGAACGAGAUCCGUCUCACACCCCAUAUAGACAACCUGGAGGUGGCCAACAGCUUCGCCAUCACCAACUGCUUCUGCUCUCAGUUUUCCCGUGGGGUGUACGCCAUAUUUGGGUUUUACGAUAAGAAGUCGGUGAACACCAUCACAUCGUUCUGUGAGACGCUUCACGUGUCGUUCAUCACACCAAGUUUCCCUGCCGACGGAUUCAACCAGUUUGUGCUUCAAAUGCGGCCUGACAUCAAAGGGCCACUCAUCAGCCUCGUGGAGUACUACAAAUGGGAGUCGUUUGCCUACCUGUACGAUGGGGACCGAGGUUUGUCUACGCUGCAGGCCGUCCUGGACACAGCAGCGGAGCGUAAGUGGCAAGUGACCGCCAUCAACGUGGGCAACCUGAAGGACGAGAGGAAAGAUGAGGCCUAUCGCUCACUCUUCCAGGACCUUGAGAACAAGAAAGAGAAGAGGGUCAUCUUAGACUGUGAACAGGACAAGGUCAAAGACAUCAUGGAGCAGGUUAUCACCAUCGGUCGCCACGUGAAGGGAUACCAUUACAUCAUUGCUAACUUUGGCUUUCUGGAUGGUGACUUGUCAAAGAUACAAUAUGGUGGAGCCAAUGUGUCAGGCUUCCAGAUCGUUGACUUUGAUGAACCACUCGUGGCCAAGUUUGAUCAGCACUGGGAAACCCUGGAAGAGAAAGAGUACCCAGGAGCUGACAGCAGGAUCAGGUACACCUCUGCGCUGACUUAUGAUGCAGUGCAGGUGAUGACAGAGGCCUUCAAAUUCCUGCAAAAGCAACGGGUAGACAUCACUCGCCGCGGCAACAAUGGAGACUGCCUUGCCAACCCUGCAGUGCCGUGGUCUCUCGGAGUGGAAAUCGAACGAGCUCUAAAACAGGUGCGUGUGGAUGGACUGACGGGAAAUAUUCAGUUUGACCAAUAUGGGAAGCGAGUGAACUACUCUGUCAAUGUGAUGGAGCUGAAGAACAGUGGACCAGUCAAGAUUGGUUACUGGAAUGAAGUAGACAAAAUGGCUGUGACUAAAACAGACCCAUACUCCAAUGACACCAUGGGCAUUGAGAACAAGACUGUUGUAGUGACAACCAUCCUGGAAGCUCCAUAUGUGAUGCUGAAGAAGAAUUCAGAACUGUUUGUGGAUAAUGAUCGCUAUGAGGGCUACUGUGUGGACUUGGCAGCAGAGAUUGCUAAGCAUUGUGGGUUUAAGUAUCACCUGAGGAUUGUGGGAGAUGGAAAGUAUGGUGCACGAGAUGCUGAGACAAAGAUUUGGAACGGAAUGGUGGGAGAGCUGGUCUAUGGGAAAGCGGACAUAGCGGUGGCUCCCCUGACCAUCACGCUGGUGCGAGAGGAGGUGAUUGACUUCUCCAAGCCCUUCAUGAGUCUGGGCAUCUCCAUCAUGAUCAAGAAGCCGCAGAAGUCCAAGCCCGGCGUCUUCUCCUUCCUGGACCCGCUGGCCUACGAGAUCUGGAUGUGCAUCGUGUUCGCCUACAUCGGGGUCAGCGUGGUGCUCUUCCUGGUCAGCCGCUUCAGUCCGUACGAGUGGCACAUCGAGGAGCUGGAGGACGGGCAGCUCGGCCAGAGCGAGUCCACUAACGAGUUUGGGAUCUUUAAUUCUCUCUGGUUCUCUCUGGGUGCCUUUAUGCAGCAGGGAUGCGAUAUUUCGCCAAGGUCUCUGUCAGGGCGUAUAGUGGGUGGUGUGUGGUGGUUCUUCACCCUCAUCAUCAUCUCUUCCUACACGGCCAACCUGGCUGCCUUCCUGACAGUCGAGCGCAUGGUCUCCCCCAUAGAGAGUGCUGAAGAUCUGGCCAAGCAGACAGAGAUUGCCUAUGGAACCCUGGAUGCUGGAUCCACCAAAGAGUUCUUCAGGAGGUCUAAGAUUGCCCUUUUUGACAAGAUGUGGCAGUACAUGAAGAGUGCCGAGCCCUCUGUAUUUGUGAAAAACACGGUAGAGGGGGUUCUACGGGUCAGGAAGUCCAAAGGGAAGUACGCCUACUUGCUGGAGUCCACCAUGAACGAGUACAUCGAACAGCGCAAGCCCUGCGACACCAUGAAGGUCGGGGGGAACCUGGACUCCAAAGGCUAUGGAAUCGCUACGCCCAAAGGAUCAGCAUUAAGAAAUGCGGUAAACCUUGCAGUGCUUAAACUCAAUGAACAAGGGCUGUUGGACAAAUUGAAAAACAAAUGGUGGUACGACAAAGGAGAGUGCGGCAGCGGGGGCGGCGAGUCAAAGGAGAAGACGAGUGCCCUGAGCCUGAGUAACGUGGCGGGGGUGUUCUAUAUCCUGGUGGGCGGCCUGGGCCUGGCCAUGCUGGUGGCCCUGGUGGAGUUCUGCUACAAGUCGCGCGCCGAGGCCAAGAGACUGAAGAUGACCUUUACAGAUGCGAUGCGGAGUAAAGCCAGGCUGUCAAUCACGGGCAGUAUGGGGGAGAAUGGAAGAGUGCUGACGCCGGAUUUCCCCAAAGCCGUCCACAGCGUCCCUUACAUACGGCCUGGCAUGGGAAUGACGCUCAGCAUGAGUGACCUGUCCUGAGUGCCUUACACACACACACACACACACACACACACACACGCACACACACACACGCACACACACACGCACACGCACACACACACACACACACACACACACACACACACACACACACACACACACACACACACACAUACACACACACACACACGCAAUACAAAUACAAUAUUGUACAUAAACUCUCACACAAUGCAGACACCAUUCAAAUUUACAGUUAUACACAGCUACCCAUACACUCUGUAACCACACAUUGUACAUACACUUUCACUCACUUGCACGCACAUAUUCUCACACACACACACACACACACACACACACACUCAAAUACACACAGACCCAGACACACACACAUACACAAAGUUCUCUUCAUUUUUAUCAGACACCUUUGAGAUUGCUGACAUCAUCAUUUGCCUGCACUGAAUCUCAAAAUGAUAUGCCUCUUUCCAUAGAGACCCAUGGAGAGUUUCAGAAUCAGAAUGACACAAGCACACUUUUGCACCAUCUGCAUUCAGUUAUGACUUUUUCAAAUAACACUCAGAUAUUCCAACAUAAAAAUAGCAUAUUUAAAAAAAAUAUUUUCCAAAAAAGCUUUUCAAUGAACUGCUUCCAUUUUGUUGAAAAAGUAUCUGCAUUGAGAAGGCUUACCGUCUUAAUGUGUUUAAAAAACGUCAAAAUGGUUCAUACAGAUGUACUGUAGGUGAAAUGUUUUAGUAGUAUCAUUUAUUACUGUUAUUAUAUGAAGACAACAUCAUGUAUAUAUUUGGUUUAUAUGAUGUUAAUGUGAUCAAAACAAUGCUUGACAUGUACAAGAAACUUUUUUGUUCUAUUUUCCUGUUUUCAUUUUUAGAAGUGUCAAUGUUUUCUUGGAUCUUGUUAUGUUUGCCCAUCAAUGAUGCUGGCAGUAGUUUUAUAGAUUUAAACAUUUAAUAGAUAUUAAAAUACUUACACAUGUUUACACAUAACAAAUGCAAGUGGCCAUGUAGGUUCUACAAUAAAUUAAUAAUGUAACAAAUAGACUUCUAUAAAUAUAAUAAAUAUAGAAAUCAAUGUUUAAUAUCCAGAGAGACAGAAUUAUGCCAAAUCACAGAGUGCCAAAACCUGCAGGUGUCUGAACAGUAUAGAGCUAUACACCAUGUGAGUGACUGUAUGUCUGAGUGGCCAUACACACACACACACACACACACACACACACACACACACACACACACACACA